CACGGGAGGAGGGAGCAGCAGAAGCCGCGGAAGGAGGAAAGUCAGCAGUGGUUGUACAGCGGUACUUUGGAUUUAAGAUCAUAUCUUUUUUACCCCUACUCGUAUAAACGGAGCCCUCCCCGCGAAAACAGAGGAAAAAGGGAAGAGGAAAAAUAACAGAAAGAUGGCGGCGGCGGCCUCGCCGGGCUCCUGCUCGUCCACCUCCUCAGACUGGGUUGUAUUGAGAGACGGUUGCCUGCGAUGUGAUGAAGAGGGCCUGCGGAGCCUCUCCUACCACCCGGCCCUCAACGCGAUUCUGGCCGUCACAAGCCGGGGCAGUAUAAAAGUCAUCGACGGCACCUCGGGCGCUACACUCCAGGCCUCAGCUUUGCGUGCUAAGCCUGGGGGUCGUGUGCGGUGUCAGUACUUCCCUGCUGUGGAUAAGGUGCUGUUUGUGGAUGAUUAUGCUGUGGGCUGCAGGAAAGACCUGAAUGGCAUCCUUUUAUUGGACACUGCCCUCCAGGCACCCGUGUCCAAACCGGAGGACAUGGUGCAGCUCGAGUUGCCCGUCACUGAGGCCCAGCAGAUGUUGUAUGCAUGUCUGGAGAAGGUUGACGUGUCAAAUACAGAGGGCUACGACCUCUUCCUGACACAGCUCAAAGAAGGCCUGAAGAAUACCUCACAUGAGACAGCCGCCAAUCACAAAGUGGCCAAGUGGGCGACAGUGACGUUCCAUCUGCCUCACCACGUGUUGAAGCUGGUUGCGAGUGCCAUAGUGAACGAACUGAAAAAGUUAAAUCAGAAUGUGGCUGCCUUGUCUGUGGCCUCGUCCGUCAUGGACAGGCUGUCCUACCUCUUACCCAGUGCACGGCCAGAGCUAGGUGUUGGCCCCGGCCGUUCUGUAGAUAGAUCUUUGAUGUACAGUGAGGCAAACAGGAGAGAGACAUUCACUUCCUGGCCUCAUGCUGGCUACAGGUGGGCACAGCCAGACCCUAUGGCUCAGGCAGGCUUCUAUCACCAGCCGGCCUCCACUGGUGAUGACCGAGCGAUGUGCUUCACCUGUAGCGUGUGUUUGGUGUGUUGGGAGCCCACAGAUGAGCCGUGGUCAGAGCAUGAGCGACAUUCCCCUAAUUGUCCAUUUGUGAAAGGGGAGCACACACAGAACGUUCCGCUGUCUGUCACGUUGGCAACGAGCCCCGCCCAGUUUCCCAGUGCCGACGGCUCGGAUAAGAUCGCCUGCUAUGGGUUCGGCAGCUGCCCGCACUUUCUAGCCACAGCGACCAAGCGGGGCAAGAUCUGCAUCUGGGACGUGUCCAAGCUUAUGAAGGUGCAUCUGAAGUUUGAAAUUAACCCAUAUGACCCAGCCAUCCUGAGGCAGCUUCUCUUAUCAGACAGUGAACAACAGAGUCUGGGCUCAGAGUCCCACAGACCCACUCUGGCCUGGUUAGAGGACACCUCCAGCUGCUCCGAUAUCCCCAAGUUAGAGGGAGACAGCGAUGACCAGUUAGAGGACUCCGACAGUGAAGAUCAUUCCAGAUCAGAGUCAGUCACAGGCCAGCCAGGUCAGAGGGAGAGUAUGGAGGUGAGUCUCGGGGUAACUGCACUCAGCGUGCUCCAACAACCUGAGAAACUCCAGUGGGAGGUGGUGGCCAGCGUACUGGAGGACACCGUCAAAGACCUGGAGGAACUUGGCGCCAAUCCUCCAUCUCUGUCGUCCACUACGACUUCUAACCUACCCCCCAACGCCGUCACCUCCACCAAAGCCGACAAGGCCUCCAACAAGGACAAGCCAACAGAGCACCACAGCAUUCCUUUCCCCUGCCUGUUGGCCGGGGGGCUUCUCAGCUACCGUUCUGCAGCUAGCUCCCCAAUGGCUGGCCCUCCUUCACGAGGACGGUCUGUAGACGGCCCUUUACGGACUUCUGGCCCAGACGGCCUGCUGCCACCUGAUCAGGGCCCCAUGGAGAUCGAAACCAGCCACCCCCCAACAGAACUGAGUUCGCCCAACCCCCCCUCUGGACCUGUACGGAUGACGUUGCCCAUGCUGCUGCUAUACAGCAUCAAAGAGGCAGAUGAAAAGUCGUCAGGGAAAGCAUUUGCCCAGAUGAAUAACCUGAUGAGCAAAGGUCUGCAUGAGGAAGGCUUUAGCGUGCCGCAGAUUAUCGAGAUGGAGUUUGACACACACGAGCAGUUGCUUCUUCAGGACCCUCCUAUUACCUACAUUCAGCAAUUUGCUGACGCGACUGCAGGCCUUGGUGGUGGUAGUGGGGGCCCGUUAGAUGGUGAAAAAUGGGGAUCGUUGGUGCCACGACCAGGAUCACUUGUGCAGUGCCUGCGCCUUCCCAAAGCCCUAGAGGAGGAGAACUUGUACGUGGACUCCAUCACUCCUUGCAUUGAUGGUGCCCAUCUCCUUGUCGGCUUGCAGCCGUGCUCUGUCGAGUCUCUUAGUGCCAUCAACCAGGUAGAGGCGCUAAACACACUUAACCGCACACUUCACUCUGCCCUCUGUGGUCGCCAAAAGGGCCAGUCAUUAGCCAAUGGACACCAGGACCAUGCAGGUGCCUCACCACCCCAAACUCCUCUUAUCCUUCCCCCCACUGAGCAGCAGCAACAGCAGUCUCGGGCAUUGGGGUCUGGAAGUGUAGGUGGUGGUGGAGGUUACCUGGUCCUUUACAAGCUUAACUACUCCACGCGUAUCGUCACAUUAGAGGAGGAGCCUGUGAAGGUGCAACAGAUCCGGGAUCCUCGGGAUGCCAUCACCUCCCUGCUCCUUCUCCCGCCUGACGUGCUGGACAGUCGCGAGGACGACGGAGAGGAAACGUCUGAGGACUCGACGCCAUCGGGCCUCAAAAAUGGCUCUGCUGCUAACGCGGCAAACGCUGCAACGGUGGGAAUGGCAAGUAGCAGUAAAGAGAAACGAAUGGACUCAGUUGUAGGACUGGGACAUCUGGUGGUGACCACACAAGCAGGCUAUAUCAUGAUCCUGGACUUGUCCACCCUGGAGGUGCUGGCCAAGGUGGAGCCGCCUAAGAGAGAGGGGACAGAGGAGGUUGAUCCGUUUGUUUCUGUGACUUACUGCUCAGGCACUGACCGGCUGUGUGCGUGCACCAAAGGUGGAGAGCUUCAUUUCCUUCAAAUUGGAGGUGUGUGCGAUGAUAUAGAUGACACCGACAUUUUUGUCGAUGGCCCCCUUUCUAAAGGGGCGGAGCAACUGUUGGAGGGGGCCAAGCCUUCCUCCAACCCCUCGAGCCCAGGGAUCACAGGAGUUGAUCUCCUAGUGGACCAAGCAUUGAGCGUGGAGACGUUGUCUUCAUUGGUGGAGCUGACUCGAUUUGAGACAUUAACGCCCCGUUUCUCAGCCACGGUGCCACCAUGCUGGGUGGAGGUCCAACAGGAGCAACAACAGAGGAGACACCCUCAACACCUACAUCAGCAACACCAUGGAGACGCAGCCCAGCACACACGCACGUGGAAACUACAGAGUGACAGCAUGAGUUGGGAUGAGCACGUGUUUGAGCUGGUGCUUCCCAAAGCGUGCAUGGUGGGCCACGUGGACUUCAAGUUUGUGUUGAAUGCCAACAUUGCAAACAUUCCCCAGAUCCAAGUCACCCUACUGAAGAACAAAGCACCAGGACUGUGCAAAGUCAACGCCAUGCAUCCCAACGGUGAGAAAAACGGCCAGCCGCUCCUACACGACUUUACAGACGACAUUCAGUUCAUGGAUGUUGAGGAGACGCCAGGCUCCAGACUGUGUCCGUUCCUGGAGGAUCAUAAGGAGGACAUUCUGUGUGGGCCAGUGUGGCUUGCUAGUGGCCUUGACCUGUCAGGGCAUGCUGGGAUGCUGAGCCUAACCAGUCCCAAACUGGUCAAAGGAAUGGCAGGGGGGAAAUAUCGUUCGUUCUUGGUGCACAUUAAGGCAGUGAGUGAUAAGGGCAUGGAGGAGAGCCCCAGACCUAUGGUGAGGAUGCCUUCAGGCAAAACCCAGAGCAGCAAAUCUCAUUCCCUGUCCUCCCUGCUCCAGAGAGCCCAGACCACCAAGGAGAAAGCUUCGACGUCCAAGGUGGAUCCUCCGCCAUCCUCCAAAAAGCCGGAUAACCUGCGGGGCUGUGACCUCCUGCAGGAAGUGUCAGUCACAAUCAGGAGGUUUAAGAAAACCUCAGUACCCAAAGAGAGAGUGCAGCGGUGUGCAAUGCUGCAGUUCCCAGAGCUCCAUGAGAAGCUGUUGAAUGGGCUGUGUAAACGUGGGGAGGAGGGCGUGUCCUCUGAGCACUCACAGAGCCUCAUAUUGGACAUCCUGUGUUGGCUGGCAGGGGUUUACUCCAAUGGGCCCUGCAGCACGAGAGAGGGAAAAGAGGGGCUUCUGACCAAAACCCGCAAAAGGCUGACUGACAUCAUCAGGGUGUGCUUCUUUGAAGCUGGACGAAGCAUCGCUCACAAAUGCGCUCGAUUUCUAGCGCUUUGUAUUAGUAAUGGUAAAGGGGACCCCAGUCAGCAGGGUUUUGGACUGGCUCUUCUCAAAGCUCUACUGGACAAUAUUCCUUACUUACCAGCUGCCGCUACAGGAGGGUCGGUGUUUUGGUAUUUUGUUUUGUUAAACUACGUGAAAGAUGAAGAUCUGGCAGGCUGCAGUACAGCCUGCGCUUCCCUGCUCACCGCUGCAUCUCGGCAACUGCAGGACCGCCUCACACCGCUGGAAGCGCUUCUUCAAACUAGAUAUGGCCUGUACAGUUCGCCCUUUGACCCCGUGCUAUUUGACCUCGAGGUCAGCGGCUCCUCUUGUAAGAAUGCCUUCAACAGCAGCAUCGGGGUCCAGUCAGAUGAGAUCGACCUUUCCGACAUUCUCUCAGGUAACGGUAAGGUGAACAGCUGUGGGGCGGCUGAGGGCAGCUUCACGGCUCUUACUGGCCUCCUGGAGGUCGAACCGCUGCACUUUACUUGUGUCUCCACUAGUGAUGGUACUAGAGUGGAGAGGGAUGAUGCAAUGAGCACUUUUGGGGUGACCCCUACGGUGGGGGGUCUGUCGGCAGGGACGGUGGGCGAAGCGUCGACAGCGCUGAGUUCAGCUGCCCAGGUGGCUCUUCAGUCGCUCUCACACGCCAUGGUGUCCGCAGAACAACAACUACAGGUCCUACAAGAGAAGCAGCAGCAGCUACUGAAGCUGCAGCAACAGAAAGCCAAACUGGAGGCUAAACUACACCAAACCACAUCGGCCGCGGCUGCAGCAGCCUCAGGAGUGGGCCCUAUCCACAACUCUGUGCCUUCCAACCCCUCUGCUACCCCAGGCUUCUUCAUCCACCCAUCUGACGUCAUCCCGCCUACUCCCAAAACCACACCCCUCUUCAUGACUCCUCCCCUCACUCCACCCAAUGAAGCUGUUUCAGCCGCCAUCAGCGUGGAGCUGGCUCAGCUCUUUCCAGGGUCCAUCAUUGACCCUCCGCCUGUCAAUCUUGCCGCUCACAACAAGAACACGCACAAAGCCAAGCCGAACCCCAUGGGCAGUGGUCUGGCCUUGGCCAUUUCACAGGCCUCACACUUUCUCCAGCCUCCUCCUCAUCAGUCCAUCAUCAUCGAGCGAAUGCACUCAGGAGCACGGCGGUUUGUGACGUUGGACUUUGGCCGGCCAGUGCUACUGACGGAUGCUCUUAUCCCAACUUGUGCCGACCUGGCAUCUCUUUCCAUUGACAUCUGGACACUGGGAGAGGAAGUGGAUGGCCGGCGGCUAGUGGUUGCCACGGAUAUCAGCACACACUCCCUUAUUUUGCAUGACCUGCUGCCUCCACCUGUCUGUAGAUUCAUGAAGAUCACUGUGAUUGGCCGAUACGGUAGCACAAACGCUCGAGCUAAGAUCCCACUGGGUUUCUAUUAUGGUCACACCUACAUCCUGCCAUGGGAGAGCGAGCUGAAGCUGAUGCAUGACCCACUGAGAGGAGAGAGCGAAGCAGCAAACCAGCCUGAUCUGGACCAGCACCUGGCCAUGAUGGUGGCUCUGCAGGAGGACAUCCAGUGCAGAUAUAACCUUGCAUGUCAUCGGCUGGAGACCCUGCUCCAGAGCAUUGACCUACCUCCUCUCAACAGCGCCAACAACGCCCAGUACUUCCUGCGCAAACCCGAUAAAGCGGUGGAGGAGGACUCGCGUGUUUUCUCCGCAUACCAGGACUGCAUCCAACUGCAGCUGCAGUUAAACCUGGCCCACCAUGCUGUGCAGCGCUUGCGUGUAUCCCUGGGCGCAGGCCGCAAGCAGCUGCCGGACACGCUGGAUGUUCACGAGCUCAUCCAGAACUCGUCUACUGAGCAGCUCCGAACCAUCAUCAGAUACCUGCUGGACACUCUUCUUAGCCUGCUUCACUCGUCCAACGGACACUCGGUGCCGUCUGUUCUCCAGAGCACGUUCCACGCCCAGGCGUGUGAAGAGCUCUUUAAGCAUCUCUGUAUCAGUGGAACUCCUAAAAUCCGUUUGCACGCCGGCCUGCUGCUGGUGCAGCUGUGUGGAGGAGAACGCUGGUGGGGUCAGUUCCUCUCCAAUGUUCUACAGGAGCUUUACAACUCUGAGCAGCUCCUCAUAUUCCCUCAGGACAGGGUGUUCAUGCUGCUGUCCUGUAUAGGCCAAAGAUCUCUUAGUAACAGUGGAGUUUUAGAGGGACUGCUUAACCUGCUGGACUCUCUGCUGUCCCCUCUACAACAGGCCUCCUCAUCACAGCACCGAAAGACUGAAGGAGUGCUGGACAUCCCAAUGAUUAGUUGGGUGGUGAUGUUGGUAUCUCGGUUGCUGGACUAUGUGGCCAGUGUGGAAGAUGAAGCCACAUCUGCCAAGAAACAUUUGGGAGGAAAAGAGAGAGAAAGAGCUUUCACAGGGAACCAAUGGAGUUUCAUUAACAAUAGCCUUCAGACCCAGAACUCAACUAGAUCAACCAAAGGCAACAGCAGCUUGGACCGCCUGUACUCCCGCAAGAUCCGCAAACAGCUGGUCCACCACAAACAGCAGUUAAAUUUAUUGAAAGCUAAACAGAAAGCUUUGGUGGAGCAGAUUGAGAAGGAGAAAAUUCAGAGCAACAAAGGCUCUUCAUACAAACUGCUGGUGGAACAGGCCAAACUCAAACAAGCUACAUCCAAGCACUUUAAGGAUCUGAUUCGUCUGCGGCGGACGGCAGAAUGGCCUCGCUCUACUCUGGACUCAGAGGCGUCUGCAGCUAAAGAGACUCCUGAGGUGGAGCUGCUGCCCUUCACACUGUCACAUGAACGCUGCAUCUGUGUAGUCCAGAAACUGGCUCUGUUCCUCCUCUCCAUGGACUUCACCUGCCAUGCUGAUCUCCUGCUCUUUGUAUGCAAGGUGCUAGCGAGGAUAGCCAAUGCCACGAGGCCAACCAUCCACCUGUGUGAGGUGGUGUCUGAGCAGCAGCUAGAGAGGCUGUUAUUACUGCUGGUGGGGACAGAUUUCAAUCGUGGGGACAUUUCCUGGGGUGGAGCCUGGGCCCAGUACUCGCUGACCUGUAUGCUUCAGGAUAUACUGGCAGGAGAGCUGCUGUCUCCAAUGUCUCUUGACGGGAUGGAGGAGGGCGCGGUCGCGGAGGAGGUGGGGGCGUCGUCCUCAGUGGGUGUGGACUCUGACGACUCGCUCCCCCAGCCCACGCCCCUGCCCCUAGUGGAGACCAUCGACGAACCGCUGGCUCCAGAUAUCAUCGCAGGUGCUCCACCUCUGUCAUCUUUGGAAAAAGAUAAAGACAUUGACUUUGACUUGCUACAAGACCUCAUGGAUGUCGAUAUUGAUCCUUUAGAUAUUGAUUUGGAAAAAGAUCCACUCGCCGCCAAAGUCUUUAAGCCUAUCAGCAGCACCUGGUAUGAUUACUGGGGUGCUGACUAUGGCACGUACAGUUAUAACCCUUACAUAGGAGGAGUGGGAAUCCCUGUGUCAAAACCCCCCGCCACCACGGAAAAACCUGGAUCACAGAGUCUGUCUGUGUCUGUUUCCCAAGCUCUGGAUGCGCGGUUGGAGGUGGGGCUGGAGCAGCAGGCUGAGUUAAUGUUGAAGAUGAUGGCCACUCUGGAAGCUGACUCCAUAUUACAGGCUCUGACCUCCACGUCACCUGCAGUGACUCAGGGUGCAAAUGGAACGGAUGACUCUCUCCUGAGAGCACUUCACACCUCCCCCUCUGGCAGCAGUCUGAUGGUACAGCCCUCCUCCAUCCCCAUGCUGAGUGUCUGUUUCAACAAACUCUUCUCCAUGCUGCAGGUCCACCAUGUGCAGUUGGAGUCGCUGUUGCAGCUGUGGCUGACUCUCAGUCUGAACUCCUCCUCUGGCAGUUCAGAGGAAAGUGGCUCUGAUGUCUUCCUCUUCAAUGCCAGCAGGGUUCCCACAAUCCCCCUUAAUCAAGCCUCCAUUAGUAGUUUCCUCUCAGUCCUGGCCUGGUAUCCCAACACGUCCCUGCGGACCUGGUGCCUAGUGCUUCACAGCCUCACUCUCAUGACCAACAUGCCUGUCAGUGCCUCCAGUAGUGGAAGGGGUGUACAUGAGAGUACGGCACAGCAGAUGGUGUCAGACCCCAUACUCGUGCACGUGCUCGUGCGCUUCUUAUCUGGGAGCAAUCCUCAUGGCACUAGCCAGCACAGCUCUCAGGUGGGUCCAACUGCAACCCAAGCUAUGCAAGAGUUUCUAACACGACUGCAGGUCCAUCUCUCCUCCACCUGUCCACAGAUGUUUAGUGAAUUCCUGCUCAAGCUCAUGCACAUUCUAUCCACAGAGAGAGGGCCUUUCCAGUCUGGCCAGGGUCCAUUAGAUGCUCAGGUGAAACUGCUGGAGUUCACACUGGAGCAGAACUUCGAGGCUGUGUCUGUGUCCACCAUCUCAGCUGUCAUUGAGUCCGUCACUUUCCUCGUGCACCAUUACAUCACAUGCUCAGACAAGGUAGUGUCUCGCAGUGGUUCCGACAGCUCUGCGGGCGCCCGGUCUUGCUUCGGAGGCCUGUUUGCCAACAUCAUCCGCCCUGGCGAUGCCAAAGCCGUGUGCGGAGAGACCACGCGUGACCAGCUCAUGUUCGACCUUCUCAAACUAGUCAACGCGCUGGUGCAGCUCCCUCUCUCCGGAGAUCGGGAGUUCAGCGGCCGAGUUCCACCUGCUGGCUCCGGUACAAGUGACAGUGUCUCAGAUGAAGAGAAAGUCUGCGGUAGUAAGGAGGGUGGAGCAGGAGGAGGGGUCGGGGCCGGCUCAGGUUCCGCCCCUCAUCAGGGCCCGGCGGCGGGCGUGGCCGAUCUGGUGCUGGCCAAUCAGCAGAUUAUGAGUCAGAUCCUAUCAGCAUUGGGGCAGUGUAACAGCAGCGCCAUGGCCAUGAUUAUAGGUGCCAGCGGACUCCACCUGACCAAACAUGAGAACUUCCACGGCGGUCUGGACGCCAUUUCAGUGGGCGACGGUCUUUUCACCAUCCUCACCACUCUGAGCAAGAGAGCUACCUCAGUGCAGGUCAUGCUGCAGCCCAUCCUUACGUACAUGGCCUGUGGAUACAUGGGACGACAGGGCUCCCUGUCCACCUGCCAGCUGUCUGAGCCUCUUCUCUGGUUCAUACUGAGAGUCCUGGACACCAGCGAGGCCCUUAAAGCCUUCCACGACAUGGGUGGUGUGCAGCUGAUUUGUAAUAACAUGGUGACGAGCACUCGUGCCAUAGUUAACACGGCGCGCAGCAUGGUGUCCACCAUUAUGAAGUUUCUGGACUCUGGGCCGGGGAAAGCGGCCGACGGCAGCCUGAAAGCUCGAGCUCUUGUCUCUGAACCAGACAACACAGAGGGACUGCACAACUUUGCCCCGCUCGGCACCAUAACCUCCAGCAGUCCCACGGCCCAGCCAGCUGAGGUGCUGCUCCAGGCAACUCCGCCCCACCGCAGGGCACGCUCAGCUGCCUGGUCCUACAUCUUUCUCCCCGAGGAGGCCUGGUGUGACCUCACCAUCCACUUACCUGCUGCUGUCCUGCUCAAAGAGAUACACAUACAGCCACACCUCGCCUCUCUUGCCACGUGUCCAUCAUCCGUGUCAGUGGAGAUCAGCGCAGACGGAGUGAACAUGCUCCCUCUGUCAACACCGGUCAUCACCAGCGGUCUCACCUACAUUAAGAUCCAGCUGGUCAAGGCAGAGGUAGCGUCUGCUGUCUGUCUGCGCCUGCAUCGGCCACGGGACGCCAGCACGCUGGGCCUCUCCCAGAUCAAACUUCUGGGUCUCACUGCAUUUGGAAACACCUCCUCAGCCACUGUCAACAACCCCUUCCUCCCCUCAGAGGACCAGGUGUCCAAAACCAGUAUUGGUUGGCUGCGUUUGUUGCACCACUGUCUGACUCACGUGUCUGAGUUGGAGGCGAUGAUGGCAAGCGCGGCGGCACCCACGGCCAACCUGCUUCAGACCUGUGCAGCUCUGCUCAUGUCUCCCUACUGUGGCAUGCACUCCCCCAACAUCGAGUCCGUGCUGGUCAAAAUUGGCCUUCAGUCCACACGCAUCGGCCUCAAACUCAUCGACAUCCUGCUGAGAAACUGUGCCGCCUCAGGCACGGAUCCCACCAAUUUGAACAGUCCUCUUCUGUUUGGGAGGUUGAAUGGGCUGUCGUCAGAUUCCACCAUAGACAUUCUGUACCAGCUGGGCACCACCCAGGAUUCAGGAACCAAAGACAGAAUCCAGGCACUGUUGCAGUGGGUGCAUGACUCAGCUCGGGUGGCGGCUCUUAAAAGAAGCUCACCGAUAGGCUACGUGGGUCAAGGCUCCUCCCCUUCACGAGAGUACGGCCUCCUUAUGCCCUCCCCCUCCCACCUGCACUGUGUGGCAGCCAUUUUAUGGCACAGCUACGAGUUGCCCGUCGAUUACGACCUCCCAGUGCUGUUAAACAGAGAGCUGUUUGAGUUGCUGUAUAACUGGUCCAUGUCCCUGCCUUCUAACAUGGUUCUAAAGAAAGCUGUGGAUAGUUUACUGUGUGCCAUGUGUCACGUCCACCCUGCCUACUUCUCCCUCCUCAUGUCCUGGAUGGGCAUCGUGGCACCACCGGCUGCCCAAUCGCACGCCCAGCGGCGACUGGCCAUGACGGACGAUGGCAAGAAACAGCACGACCUGAACACCAACGCCGGGCUCACCGACGACUCCAAACACGCUCGUGCUCCCGUAUCGCUCUCCGAGUGCCAGCUGGCUACCCUGUCGGCUGCCUCCCAGUCGCCAGGAGCCAUCCAGCAGCUCCUGGACUCCGGUUUGCCCUCUCUCCUGGUACGCAGCCUGGCAGCUCUCUGCUACAAUUUACUGGCCAGCGCCGAUCUGCCCCUGCCCUCCGACAGACGUUCGCCACACUAUCAGAACCACCCGGGGGCCACGGCGGGCAAUCGCGGGGUGUCGCCCCUCUCGCCCGAACUGGCAGCGCCCGUUUUGCGGUUUUUGACUGAGGUGGGUAACAGCCACGCGAUGAAAGACUGGUUAGGUGGGCCGGAAGUGACCCCGCUGUGGACAGCAUUGCUUUUCCUGCUCUGCCAUUCCAGUGCCACGAGCGGAGCUUCUUCAGGGGUGGCGGCCACCGCCGCCCCCCAGGCCUCUGGGUCUCGCUUUUCGCUGUCGACGUCAUCGUUGCCAGGGCGAUGUGGAGGACUGAGUACACAGCAGCGCACGGCCAUUGAGAAUGCCACGGUUGCCUUCUUCCUUCAGUGCAUCUCCUGUCACCCCAACAACCAGAGACUGAUGGCACAGGUUCUUUGUGAGCUGUUCCAGUCAGCUCCACAGCGAGGGAAUGUUCCAGUUUCCGGAAACAUCUCAGGAUUUAUCCGUCGUCUCUUCCUUCAACUCAUGCUUGAGGACGAGAAGGUCACCGUCUUCCUGCAGUCACCGUGUCCGCUGUACAAGGGUCGUAUCAAUGCCACCAGUCAUGUGAUCCAACACCCCAUGUAUGGAGCAGGGCAUAAGUACCGCACGCUGCACCUGCCCAUCUCAACCACACUGGCCGAGGUUCUGGACCGGGUCUCUGACACACCCAGUAUCACAGCCAAGCUGAUAAAUGAGCAGAAAGAGGACAAAGAGAAGAAGAACCAUGAGGAAAAGGAAAAGAUGAAAGCAGAUAAUGGUUUCCAGGACAAUUACAGUGUAGUCGUUGCCUCAGGUCUGAAGUCCCAGUCUAAGAGGGCACUGUCCACACCUCCUCGCCCUCCCUCUCGCCGUGGCCGUGUUUUGAGCGAUAAGUUGGCUGCAUCGUCAGGAGUUGACUCUGCCAAAACCAUCAGCGUACCUGUCUUCCACCUCUAUCACAAACUACUGCCAGGUCAGCCCUUGCCUGCUGAGAUGACCCUGGCCCAGCUUCUCACCCUGCUCUAUGAGCGGAAACUCCCUCAGGGUUACCGCUCCAUCGACCUGACCGUCAAACUGGGCUCCAAAGUGAUCUCUGACCCCGGCCUCUCUAAAACCGACUCCUUCAAGAGGUUACGCACAGAGAAAGAGCACUGUGAGAUAUUGAGCAAUUGUUCGGAAGACGAGCCCAUGACUCCUGGAGAUGAGUGUUUGGAAGCAGCCAUAGAUGAGUCCUUACUAGAGACCAGUCCCAUCCAGUCUCCGCUGCAGGUGUUUGCUGGUAUGGGUGGCCUGGCAUUGAUCGCUGAGAGACUGCCCAUGCUCUACCCUGACGUCAUCCAACAGGUGAGCGCCCCUGUGGUGCCCUCCACCACACAGGAGAAACCCAAGGACAGCGACCAGUUUGAGUGGGUCACGAUCGAACAGUCUGGCGAACUGGUCUACGAGGCACCCGAAACCAUUGCCGCCGAACCCCCACCAAUCAAAUCGUCCGUUCAGACCAUGUCACCAAUCCCCGCCCAUUCCCUGGCCGCCUUUGGCCUCUUCCUUCGGUUGCCUGGAUACGCGGAGGUGCUCUUAAAGGAGAGGAAGCACGCCCAGUGCCUGCUCAGGCUAGUGCUGGGAGUGACAGAUGACGGAGAAGGAAGUCAUAUCCUGCAGUCUCCUUCGGCUAACGUUUUACCCACGCUGCCCUUCCACGUCCUGCGGACUCUGUUUAGCACUACGCCCCUCACCACAGACGACGGGCUGUUACUGCGUCGCAUGGCCUUGGAGAUCGGUGCCAUCCACCUCAUCCUAGCCUGCCUGUCUGCCCUCAGCCACCACGCGCCCAGGGUUCCCAAUGCUAGUGCCAGCCAGGCAGAGCCACAGGUACCCAGUGGGCAUGGCGGCAGCACCAGUGAGGAGCAGCAGCUGUACUGGGCAAAGGGUACUGGUUUCGGCACAGGUUCCACAGCCUCAGGCUGGGACGUAGAACAAGCCCUCACCAAACAACGUUUGGAGGAGGAACACGUCACCUGUCUGCUACAGGUGUUGGCGAGUUACAUUAACCCAGCGGGGUGUAUGGGUCACAGUGAGAGUCCUGCAGGAGAGAGCAGAGGUCAAAACAGCACAGCGUUGCCUUCAGUCUUACAGGAACUACUCAGCCAAUCCUGUCUCAUCCCAGCCAUGUCCUCCUACCUCCGCAACGACUCUGUGUUGGACAUGGCACGUCACGUUCCGUUGUACCGGGCCCUGCUGGAGCUCCUGCGUGCCAUCUCCACCUGUACAGGGCUGGUCCCUCUGCUUCUGCCCCUUUCUGGAGAUGCCAGUGAGGAAGAGGAGGAUGAGGAGCGGUCGGAGAGCCAGACUUCUGUGGGUAUGCUGCUGGCCAAGAUGAAGACCUGCGUGGACACCUAUACCAAUCGACUCAGGUCGAAGAAGGACAAGAGCAAAGGAGUGGUGAAAACGGACACGUCCGACCCGGAACCCGAGGGACUCACGCUGCUGGUGCCAGACAUUCAGAAGACAGCCGAGAUCGUCUACGCUGCCACGACGAGCCUACGUCAGGCUAACCACGAGAGGAAACUGGCCGAGUCGUGUAAGAAGGUGGCAGCACGGCCCAAGCCUUUGUCCAUCCUCCGCUCUCUGGAGGAGAAAUAUGUGGCAGCCAUGAAGAAACUUCAGUUUGACACGUUCGAGAUGGUGUCGGAAGAUGAGGACUCCAAGUUGGUUUUUAAGGUGAACUACCACUAUAUGUCUCAGGUGAAGAACGCUAGCGAUGCUAACAGCGCGGCCAGGGCGCGGCGGCUAGCCCAGGAAGCCGUCACUCUCUCCACCUCACUUCCUCUGUCCUCUUCAUCCAGCGUGUUCGUUCGCUGCGACGAGGAGCGCCUGGACAUCAUGAAGGUGUUGAUCACGGGCCCUGCAGACACACCCUAUGCUAACGGCUGUUUUGAGUUUGACGUCUACUUCCCCCAGGAUUACCCAAAUUCUCCUCCUCUGGUGAAUUUAGAGACCACGGGUGGACACAGUGUCCGGUUUAACCCUAACCUGUACAAUGACGGAAAGGUAUGUUUAAGUAUUCUCAACACUUGGCAUGGCCGCCCAGAGGAGAAGUGGAAUCCUCAGACUUCUAGCUUUUUACAAGUGCUGGUAUCGGUGCAGUCUCUGAUCCUGGUGGCUGAGCCGUACUUUAACGAGCCUGGUUACGAACGCUCCAGAGGAACACCCAGCGGAACCCAGAGCUCCAGAGAGUACGACGGAAACAUCCGGCAAGCCACCGUCAAAUGGGCCAUGCUGGAACAGAUCCGCAACCCCUCACCCUGUUUUAAAGAGGUGAUCCAUAAGCACUUUUAUCUGAAGAGAGCUGAGAUCAUGGCUCAGUGUGAGGACUGGAUCUCAGACAUACAGCAGUACAGCAGUGACAAGAGAGUAGGACGUACCAUGUCCCACCACGCAGCUGCACUCAAGAGACACACAGCUCAGUUGAGAGAGGAGCUGCUGAAGCUGCCAUGCCCAGAAGGCCUGGAGCCUGACGGGGAGGAAUUCUCAGAAAAAAGCACCACCCUCAUGGUGAAGGAACUGCCCAAUCAGGAUGCAGAGAAGCCAAGUGGCAGUCAAGAUGCCCACUGCAGUGAGGGACAGCUAUGAGCCCUGCCCCCUCCUGAAACCUUGCCCUCUUUGGCCACUCCUCCCCAUGAUUAUUCAAAUCGUCAUUAAAUAGACUGGUUGGCUCGGAGAAAGGAGCUGACAUUUUGUCAAUAUUUGUAUGUAAGAAUCUAAUUACGUCAGAAAAGAGGACAAAAACAGAAGAAAAAUUCAGUGGGGGAAAAAAAAAGAAACCGCGUACAGACACCCGUCAAAAGCGAGACAAAACCUCUAGAACUAUAUUAUACCCUUAAAGAAACCGUGGACAAAGCAAAAAUGAUCUUUUAUUUCCCUGUAUAAGAGUGUAAACUUUUGUGUUUUUCUUUUUUUUCCAAUUGUGAAAUAACCACAGAUUGCUAUGUUAUUAAAAUUGUUUCUGUAUACAUAAUGACAGAGGUAAUCACAGUAUAUAUAAGGGAAAUGCCUUUAGUCACCAAUGUUUACUGAAUGUUCUUUUUUUUUUUCCUUUCUUUUUUUUCCUCUUUUUUUUGUUUUUGUUUGUUUUUUUGGACUGUUCACGGCGCAAAGGACAGUCAAACAACUGAGAAUAUAUUGGUCAUUCUUUAAGGACAAAAAUCCUAUUUAAAAAAAAAAAAAAAGAAAAAGAAAAGAAACCGACAGAUCACACAUAAAUUGUCUGAAAUAGAGGAAUCCUCUGGUUUGCCCAAUUACAUUCUGCUUCUUUUGAUUUAUACCAACUCCUGUACACUUCAAUAAAGGCUAAAAUGGACAUUCUUUAAUCGCUAUGGUUACUGGGAUACCAUUUUGCAAACUGUUGAAAACCCAUAAGUUUAUUUUUGCCUCUCACUAAUUUUAAAUGCAAGUUUAAUAAAUACAAUCUGUUUUACUUUU